AUGAAACUGUUCGUGAGCGAGGGCGCCCCGGGGACACUGCCCGUGCUGGCCGCGGCGGGGAGGGCCCAGGGCCGGGCGCAGCUGCACAUCAGCACCGUGGGCCCUGAAGAGUGUGUGGUCCCAUUCCUGACCCGGCCUAAGAUCCCUGUCUUGCAGCUGGAUAAUGGCAACUACCUCUUCUCCACCAAUGCAAUCUGCCGAUACUUCUUUCUGUUAUCUGGCUCAGAGCAAGAUGACCUCACCAACCAGUGGCUGGAAUGGGAAGCAACAGAACUGCAGCCAGCUUUGUCUGCUUCCCUGUACUAUUUGGUGGUCCAAGGCAAGAAGGGGGAAGAUGUUCUUGGCCCCAUUCGGAGAGCCCUGACUCACAUUGACCAUAGCUUGAGUCGUCGGAGCUGCCCUUUCCUGGCUGGGGAGACAGAAUCUGUCGCUGACAUUGUGUUGUGGGGAGCCCUGUAUCCAUUGCUCCAAGACCCAGCCUACCUCCCUGAAGAGCUGGGUGCCCUGCACAGCUGGUUCCAGACACUGAGUUCUCAGGAGCCAUGCCAGCGAGCUGCAGAGACCGUGUUGAAGAAGCAGGGUAUCCUGGCCCUCCGGCCCUACCUCCAAAAGCAGCUCCAGCCCAGCUUCCUGGAAGGGAGGGCUGUCAGCAAUGAGCCUGAGGAGGAGGAACUGGCCACCCUGACUGAGGAGGAGAUCGCCAUCGCCGUCACUGCUUGGAAGAAGGGCCUGGGGAACUUGCCUCCCCUUCGGCCAAAGCAGAAGCCAGUGUUGCCUGUGGCUGGGGAAAGGAAUGUGCUCAUCACCAGCGCCCUUCCUUAUGUCAACAAUGUGCCCCAUCUUGGAAACAUCAUUGGUUGCGUGCUCAGUGCUGACGUCUUUGCCAGGUACUCCCGCCUCCGCCAGUGGAACACCCUCUAUCUGUGUGGGACAGAUGAGUAUGGUACAGCCACAGAGACCAAGGCUAUGGAGGAGGGUCUCACCCCCCAGGAGAUCUGUGACAAGUACCAUGUCAUCCAUGCUGACAUUUACCGCUGGUUUAAUAUCUCCUUCGAUAUUUUUGGUCGCACCACCACUCCACAACAGACGGAAAUCACACAGGACAUCUUUCAGCGUCUGUGGGACCGAGGUUUUGUGCUGCAAGAUACAGUGGAGCAACUGCGGUGUGAGCAUUGCUCCCGCUUCCUGGCUGACCGCUUUGUGGAGGGGGUGUGUCCCUUCUGUGGCUACGAGGAGGCCCGGGGUGACCAGUGUGACAAGUGUGGCAAGCUCAUCAAUGCCAUAGAGCUCAAGAAGCCUCAGUGUAAAGUCUGCCGAUCAUGCCCUGUGGUGAGAUCCUCGCGGCACCUGUUUCUGGACUUGCCCAAGCUGGAAGACCGACUUGAGGAGUGGUUGGAGAAGACUGUGCCUGGCAGUGACUGGACACCCAAUGCCCGAUUCAUCAUUCGUUCUUGGCUUCGGGACGGCCUCAAGCCACGUUGCAUAACCCGAGACCUCAAAUGGGGAACCCCUGUACCCUUAGAAGGUUUUGAGGACAAGGUAUUCUAUGUCUGGUUUGAUGCCACAUUUGGAUACAUAUCAAUCACCGCCAACUACACAGACCAAUGGGAGAGGUGGUGGAAGAAUCCAGAGCAAGUGAACCUCUACCAGUUCAUGGCCAAAGACAAUGUUCCCUUUCACGGGUUAGUCUUUCCUUGUUCUGCCCUAGGAGCUGAGGACAACUACACCUUGGUCAGCCAUCUCAUUGCUACAGAGUAUCUGAAUUAUGAGGAUGGGAAAUUCUCUAAGAGCCGGGGUGUAGGAGUGUUUGGGGACAUGGCCCAGGACACAGGGAUUCCUGCUGACAUCUGGCGCUUCUACCUGCUGUACAUUCGGCCUGAGGGCCAGGACAGUGCCUUCUCCUGGACAGAUAUGUUACUGAAGAAUAAUUCUGAGCUGCUUAACAACCUGGGAAACUUCAUCAAUAGAGCUGGCAUGUUUGUGUCUAAGUUUUUUGGGGGUUAUGUGCCCGAGAUGGUGCUUACCUCUGAUGAUCAGCGCCUGCUGGCCCACGUCACCCUGGAGCUACAGCACUAUCACCAGCUUCUAGAGAAGGUUCGGAUCCGGGAUGCCUUACGCAGUAUCCUCACCAUCUCUCGUUAUGGCAACCAGUACAUUCAGGUUAACGAACCCUGGAAGCGGAUUAAAGGCAACGAGGCUGACAGGCAGCGGGCAGGGACGGUGACAGGCCUGGCGGUGAACAUAGCUGCUUUGCUGUCCACCAUGCUCCAGCCUUACAUGCCUACGGUUAGCUCUACGAUUGCGGCCCAGCUGCAGCUCCCACCUCCAGCCUGCAGCACCCUGCCCAUGGACUUCCUGUGUAUCUUACCAGCAGGACACCAGAUUGGCACAGUCAGUCCGUUGUUCCAAAAAUUGGAAAAUGACCAGAUUGAAAAUUUGAGGCAGCGCUUCGGUGGGGGCCAGGCAAAAGUGUCUCCCAAACCAGCAGUUGUGGAGACAGCUGGACCACAGCAGAUACAAGUGCUGAUGGAUGAAGUGACAAAACAGGGCAACAUUGUCCGAGAGCUGAAAGCACAAAAGGCAGACAAGAACCAGAUUGCUGCAGAAGUUGCUAAACUCUUGGAUCUGAAGAAGCAGUUGGCUCUAGCUGAAGGAAAACCUCUUGAAACCCCUAAAGGCAAGAAGAAAAAGUGA